AUGGAAAAUAAUAUUAUAUUAUCUCAAUAUGAUAAUGAAAUACAAAAUUAUAUUAAUUCUCUUCAUAUUGAUUUUGAAUUAUUCAAGAAAAAAAUAUUAGCAAAAUAUGAUAAAAAAUAUUUAAAUAAUCGUUCACAGGUACCAAAUUCAUUUAUAUUAUAUAGAACUGAAAUUUCUAAUAUACUUAAAGAAAAAUAUAUUGUAAAACAAGAAUUUAUUUCAAGGUUUAUCGCAAAUAAAUGGGAAAAUGAAA